GAUCAUGUGACCAGCAGGAAAAAGGGGCUUGGCAUCACGGCGCUAUAUGGCAGUCGAAAUUUCACCUUUAAUCAAGCAACAGGUGUUAUCCGCCAGUAUCCUCCUUGGAGAAUCUACAGGACCGACCAAGACAGAAAGAGGAUGUGAUUAUGACGUCCAACGUCACAGAUGAUGCCGACUUCUACAGUGGACCGCUCAGCCAUCAAACCUACUUCAUCAUGGGCGUCUACUUGGCCAUCAUAGCUGUGGCAUCCUACAUAGGCAAUGGGCUGAUUCUCUUCCUCUUCAUGAAGAACAAGCUUUUCCGUCAAGCCCACAUCAACUUUUUCAUCGUCAACAUCGUCGUUUGCAACAUCGGGGAGUCCCUAAUGGGGUUCCCUUUCGGUGUUGCUUCCCAUUUCUCCUAUAGGUGGAAGUUCGGCGACAUCGGCUGCAGGUUCUACGGCUUCAUCUGCUUCGUGUGCUGCCUGGCCAGCAUGUGCACCUACGUCGCCAUCAGCGUCUACCGCUACAUCUCGAUCUGCAGACCAACGCUCCUAGGACGACUUCUGAACGGCCGUCGGAUUCCCUUGGUCCUGGUCGUGAUCUGGGUGUAUUCAUUGUUCUGGGCAACCAUUCCUUUUUUCGGGUGGGGAACAUACGCUCCAGAACCUUACAAAACCACCUGCAGUCUUGCCUGGACCGACCGGAGCCCCUCUUCUAUCUCUUACAUCAUCAGCGCCAUCAUCUUUGUCCUCAUCAUCCCCAUGACGAUCAUGAUUUUUGCCUACACCAAGAUUCUGAUAAGAACCUGCUCGCAGGUGUCGGGAGACGAUUGGCCUCAAGAAAACGUGCAACUGCCAACUGGACAUGCCAAACAUGGCGUUAACUACAUCCGGGACAUUGAAUCACGGACGACUACGGUUGUUUUCGUUACCGUGGCGUUGUAUGUGAUUGCCUGGUCCCCCUACACUAUCAUGUCCUUCUUGUCGGUGUGCGGGGUUCGAAUCCCGGUGGAGGUGACCCCCAUCCCCACAAUGUUCGCCAAGUCCAACUGUGCCUACAACCCCAUCAUCUAUUUCGUGGCCCACCGUCGAUUCCGCGCAUCGUUGAUGGAGUUGUUCGGCAUCUCAAGCUCCCUUGCUGCACCUGUAACCAAGGAUAUCAAGCCAUGCCAAGAAGAGAUGAUGGUCGUCAGGCGAAAUCAACCGGAAGUGGAGGAACCGUCCAGAACGUCUCAAAAUCGUUAAUGUCGUCAGUCCUCCUAGCCCUCUAUUGGCGUGGAACGAAUUUUCUAUUCAUCUCAUGUGUCCUCAUUCCGACUCGGUGUCUUUUGUCAGAUUCGUGAGGAUCGUUACUAUUUGCAUGGCAACCAUGCGUCAGAUUCACAAAGCGAUAGUUCAAAUCAUAUAGUGAGUGAGUGAGCUUGGUUUAACACGCAUUGAACAGUAUUCCAGUUAUAUCAUGUGUGUCAGCUUCAAGUGGGAGAAAAAGCCUGAAGUGAUGCAGGUCUCAGACGUUUACCACUUUGGUGAAACCAACGAGUCCGAGUAUGGCGCUGACAAACAUUAUCCAGGUGAACCCGGAAUUGAACCCACGAUCAUAGGUUCCUGGCGUGCCCAAGGGACGCAACUCGGCACAGGGAAUUGCAGCGCCUCAGACGACCCAUGCCCCUUUUAACCAUUUAGACAUAAUUACGUCCUUACAUCCUUAAUAUUUCUCUUUCAAAUAAAUAUGUUGUAUCAUUGUUUACCUUGCAAUUGUAUUAUUGUAGCUGUGGUUGUAUCAAUUUUUUUAUUUUUGUUUGUUUGUUGUUUAACGCUGCACUCAGCAAUAUUCCAGCUAUAUGACGGCAGUCUGUAAAUAAAUGAGUCGGGACUAGACAAUCCAGUGAUUGACAUCAUGAGCAUCGAUUCACGCAAUUGGGAUACGAUGACAUACAUCAACCAAGUCGGCCAACCUGACAACCGGAUCCGGUUAAUUGUCUCUUACGACAAGCAUAGUCGCCUUUUACAGCAAACAUGGGUCGUUGUCCAUAUAAUUGCAUGUCUCUUUCAUGUUCUGCAAAAUAAAUACCAAAAGCCUGA